UUUUUUUUUUUUUUUUUCCAAAAAAAAGGAAGGGAAAAAGGAAUAUACGCAUAUUUCAUUUGAUCUGUACACAUAUCAAAGAAAAGAAAAGCGCUCAUUAUUGCGACUUUAAUAGACAUUAGUAGAACAUUUUUAAAGCAGCUGUCCCAAAAAAAUUACACUCUCGCUUUUAAAAAAAAAAAAAUUUUCCCUACUUGCAACCUCAUAAAGACGAUGGAUAUUCAAGGUUAUAUUGCGCCAAAGGAAGACCAUUCCUCCCACCACUAUGCAAGUGUCCCUUCAAACCGACUGAGUUUAGCUUCAGCCUCGGAUUACAAAACAACAUCCUCCAUUCCCAGCAUCUUGCCAACAUUAGUUGAAGAGGAGUAUAACAGUAACGACAAUACGUUCUCAGCGGCAACCACCACCACUCCUUCUGCUACAAGCAUUAAUCAUUUGCUAAGUACACCCAUGUCGGGCGAACCAUCGUCCUCUUCUAUUGAUUAUACUGCAGCUGCCGCCGCUGCCUCUGCUGCUGUUACGGAUGCUGUGAAUUCAUCACUUCAACAACAACAACAACAACAACAACAACAACAAGAACGAGAGUUUAUCAAUGGAAACAGUUUAAACCCUGCUUUAUUAUUACCCACUCGGUUUGAUAAACGUAAGAGCAGUCCAGCCAUUUUAGGUUUACCAUAUGGUAUCAACCAUGAAGCUCAACUGAGUUUACAUCUAUCACAACAAAGAAAUUCUAUUGAAGCAGCCAUGUUAUUAGCCAAUUUUACAAAGUCUGUGGCUUUUCCCAAACCAAACGAUAUCGAUCAUAAAGGUCAUUCAUGGCAAGAUGAUAUGUCUAUUCCUACUCAAAACAAGACAUCAUGGGGAGACAUCAUGACAAACGAAUCAGAGGCGAAUCGUCGUCACUCUUACGAUGUCAAUAUGAGUUGGCAGACGAUGCCUGCUGCUUUUUUGGAACGAGCCGAUUUAUUUCCAAACAUGUCUGAAAAUAUCAGCGCCUCCAGUUCGACAACCCAAUCAGAUCACUUGGUGCCUUUAUUCAAUCAAGAAAAUCACCUCUUUGUCAACACGUCUUCUGUGGCUAAUCCUACGCUAAAUGCACCUACCAAAGUAAGCUGGAGCCAUGAAGAUUUACGGCCGUCGACCAGUACGACGACGACAACGACGACUUCUCUCCACGAAUUACCGCAGCCACAACAACCUACGUUCGAUUUCAACAGUGGUACGAGCCAUCCUAUGUCGCCGCGUCAACAGCAACAGCAUGAUAGGUUGUUUCAUCCUUCUUUGGAUAGUAAAUCUCUUUUGCCUCCCCCUUCCACGUCAUCCUACUCACAACACCGUUAUAUUCCACCACCCCCCUCUCUUCAACAACAGCCACAUCCUCAGGACCCUCAUCAGGGCGUCCCUAUGUUGCAUCCUCUCGCGCGUCAGCCUGACAAUGGCAUCAAAAACGAAUUCGAUCCACUACAGACACCCUCCUCCUAUUAUUCCUAUACAUUCCCGCCUCAACCACCGCCACCCUCUUCCUCUCCCUCCUCCUCUUACCACUAUGCCAACAGUAGUCAUUUAUCCUCGACCCAUGGAAAGUUACCCUUGCCUGCCUCUUCUUCCUCUUCUACACUGGAUUCUCUUCAUUCCCACCCUCUGUCACAGUCUUUACACCAUCCGCAUCAUCUUUCUCCUCACCACCAACAACAACAACAACAACAACAACAAAGUCAUCAUCACCAGCAACGCCAUCACCACCUUUCUCACCAGUAUCAUCAACCACAGCAACAACAACCACAACAUCACCAUCCACCCCCUCCACUACUCGCCAAACAACCCAAGCGAAAGAAACAAAAAUCUUCUUUCAACAAUGUCAUGGACGAUUUUGAUAUGGGAGAGGACAACAACCAUGAUUAUACAGGUGGCCAGGGUGGCAACAGCCAAGAAAUAGCUGCCAAUGAAGAAGAGUAUCCCGACAUGACCAGCCGUGAUAUUGAAGCCGCACGAAAAGAUCCCGAAGCGAGACCGCGUAAACAAAAAUUACGGUUUGCUGGCGAUCAAUAUACACCACAAUGGGUGCGUUUCAAUGGUCAGUUGAAAGAAGGGUUGUGUGAUACUUGUAAACCUGGAAAAUGGUUACAAUUGAAGAACAGUGCUUAUUGGUACCAUAAACAAUUUUUUCAUGGCAUUUCUUCCGUGUCAGGAAAAGAAUUUGUUCAACCACUUGAAACGCGUUGGGUGGAUCAAGAUUUAGUCGAAGGCUUGUGUCAUCAGUGUCAUACAUGGGUCGCCGUGAGUAACGUAAAGAGAAAGAACAGUGUUCUCUGGUAUCGGCACGCACACAAGUGUCAUGUUUAUCAUAAACCCAAGCCCAACUUGCCCAAAAAACGAUAAAUGUACCAUUACUACUACUACUACUAUCUUUACUUUUAUAUAAUAUCUAUCUCUUUGACGAAUGGGAUCGAAAUCCAUGAUGGCAAUUCAUUGUGUUGAAGGAUGGAAAAAAAAAAAAAAAAGUAUUCUGUUAUCCUAUUUAUCAACAAC